AUGAUGGCAGCAGAGUCUACAGCCCUCCCCUAUACUAAUAAGCCUGCUCCUGAUGUCUCAGCACCUGCCGCUAUACUACGAAGCUACGACCUGAACGCUGACAGCACCUCGAUCCGUAGCAUUGGCCCCCUACAACCAAUUCGACCCAUGACAAUACAAGCUUCCACAUUACUGCGGCGAUUGGGGAUAGAAAUUGGCGAUAAGGUUAGAGUAUCGAUUCGGAUAGUAUAUUCGGGAUUGAUCGCCCACGCUGCCGACAUCAACAUUGGCAAGCUUGAGAAUGCCAAAGACAUUGCCUACAGGGACCUCACCUAUAAAAAGCUCCUUGGGUGUGAUUCUUUACUCAAGUUACUGUUUUUGUUCUCAAACAACAUGGAGCUUGGCUACAUCCCUAAUGGUUCAUCCCUUCAAGGUUAUGUCUGGGAAUAUGAUCCAGAGUCGCCUGGUAAUAUGGGAGCCAUACAUUUCGUUAAUAGCGCUGCUAACCCUCCGCCUACGUCAGAGGCGAUCACUGAGGCGAAUCGAUCUGCAGCUUCAUUCACUAUUGCUUCUGCACCCCCUCUUUCACGCUAUGAAUCUCCUCAGCACAGACAGCUUCGUUCCUGA